AGUGAGUUCUACAGUUAUGCGGCGUUUUGUUUGUUGAAGCGGGAAGAUUCAGUGACGGCGCUGACGGAAGCUUUAUAAACACAAUUCUGCUGGAAUUUAGCCCCAAACGCACGCAGAAUGCCUCGGGAGAUUAUAACCCUGCAGCUGGGGCAGUGUGGAAAUCAGAUCGGUUUCGAGUUCUGGAAACAGCUGUGUGCCGAACAUGGCAUCAGCCCUGAGGGCAUCGUCGAGGACUUUGCCACCGAGGGCACGGACCGGAAAGACGUGUUCUUCUAUCAGGCGGACGACGAGCACUACAUCCCCCGAGCCGUGCUCCUGGACCUGGAGCCUCGAGUCAUCCACACCAUCCUGAACUCACCCUAUGCUAACCUGUACAACCCAGAGAACAUCUACCUCUCAGAGCACGGAGGUGGAGCGGGUAACAACUGGGCCAGCGGCUUCUCUCAGGGGGAGAAGAUCCACGAGGACAUCUUUGACAUCAUCGACAGAGAAGCAGACGGCAGUGACAGCCUGGAGGGAUUUGUGCUGUGUCACUCUAUCGCUGGAGGCACAGGGUCUGGUCUCGGCUCUUACCUCCUGGAAAAACUCAAUGACAGAUAUCCUAAGAAGCUGGUGCAGACAUACUCUGUGUUUCCCAACCAGGAUGAGAUGAGUGAUGUGGUGGUGCAGCCCUACAACUCUCUACUCACACUCAAGAGACUGACCCAGAACGCAGACUGUGUGGUGGUGCUGGAUAACACGGCUCUGAACCGGAUCGCCACAGACAGACUGCACAUCCAGAACCCGUCGUUCUCACAGAUAAACCAGCUGGUCUCUACCAUCAUGUCCGCCAGCACGACGACGCUGCGUUACCCCGGAUACAUGAACAACGAUCUGAUUGGCCUGAUCGCCUCGCUCAUCCCCACCCCCCGCCUCCACUUUCUCAUGACCGGUUACACACCGCUGACCACUGACCAGUCAGUAGCGAGCGUGAGGAAGACAACGGUCCUGGACGUGAUGAGGAGACUCCUGCAGCCGAAGAACGUCAUGGUGUCUACGGGCAGAGACCGUCAGACUAACCACUGUUACAUCGCCAUCCUUAACAUCAUUCAGGGAGAGGUGGAUCCAACACAGGUCCACAAGAGUCUCCAGAGAAUCCGAGAAAGGAAGUUGGCUAAUUUUAUCCCGUGGGGUCCUGCUAGCAUUCAGGUAGCGCUCUCACGCAAGUCCCCGUACCUGCCCUCGGCUCACCGCGUCAGCGGCCUCAUGAUGGCCAAUCACACCAGCAUCUCCUCUCUGUUCGAGAGGACGUGCCGUCAGUACGACAAACUCCGCAAACGCGAGGCUUUCCUCGAGCAGUUCCGCAAGGAGGACAUGUUCAAGGAAAACUUUGACGAGCUGGACAAUUCACGUGAGGUGGUGCAGCACCUGAUCGACGAGUACAGCGCCGCCACACGGCCUGACUACAUCUCCUGGGGAGCUCAGGAGCAGUAACACACACACACACACACACACAAAGGGCCUGGACUUAAGCAUUUGUCUGCAUUGAAUUGUUUGAUUGUGUGAACAAGACGAGUGUGUGUGCACUUUGAUGUGCACAAAUAUACCAGUGUAUCUCUCUCUCUCUCUCUUUUUCUCUCUCUAUCACUCACUCAGUCUAUUGAUAUAACCUUUCACCAUAGCUCCUUAAUUUUACCACACACUUGCUGUCAAGACCACACACACACACACACACACAGGGUCCUGAGUAAGCAGAUAAGGCAGGGUGGUCUUGUAGGGACGGCGCUCCAAAAGCAGCUCUGUAGGAAAAGCAGAGCCGAAAGGGUGGAGUGGAAAAAAUGAUAAGCCAAAGGCCAAAGACAGAAUAGAUCCAUGAGUGCCCUUUCCUGUUUAACUCACUCUCUGUGUCUCACUCACACACACACACACACACACACACACACGAUGAAGCAGUGCUGUGGCCUUUUAGAGCCUGAUCGUUUAAUCAUCUUUGAAGUUCAAAGCUUUUAACAAGACAAUUCAUCUAGCUGAUAAUCAGGAAUUAAGCCACAUCCGUCUCGACGGUUUCCAGAAGACUAUCGAAUGCUUCUCUGACAGAAUCCUAAGACAUUUCUAAUCCUAGGCUGAGCUGGGAACAGUGUUUGUUCACACAGAAGCCUGAACAUCAGUGUUUCAUCUCCUUUAACACACCAACUGCAGCUCAGGAAUGAGCAGCUUAAAUGAAGUAGAUGUUCAGGAUCAGGUUUGAGGGCCUGUGCGGUAUUAAAGCAAGAGUAAAGCUUCCAUUAAAAAGUCUUACAGGAAGCGUGACAGGUCCCUUAGUGUUAAACGUGAGGUUUCUAUUUUUCUGUCUCUUUCUGUGGUCUUUCAUACAGUACAGUGUUCUCAGAGCUGCUCUUUCUCUCCGCCUGCACAUUGUUUUCUACUGUAAAUAGUUUGUGUUCACUUAAAUAAAUGAUUUUCUAAGACAA